CAUUUCCUCAGAAUUGCACAUGCCUUGGGGAAGUCUUCAAUACCACACACAGACGAUCUUGCGGUGUUUGAUAAAUAAUGAUGGCAACACAUGUUUCCCAAGAAGAAGCUUACACUUUAACGACAACAGCUCCGGGUAAUUUCGUGUCGAUGCGAGUUGGAGACCACUCAGCAUCAUGAUGAAGAUCUCGGCACGCGCUACGGGUUCUUUUCUACAAGAUUUCACAACUUUACCUUGACAGACUUGCGCCACCCUUUCCUUUUUCCUCGCGCAUAUUUUGGAGGACUGCUGUUCACCGGCGGAAAGUUUGAGCUCCUCCGACACCUUAUCGACGUCGACGUGCCUGGAUUUUUAUACCCAAGAACCAAUAAAUCUACACAUUGAUUGUGUUGGACUAUUAUGUUACAUUUUGUUUCAAUCCACAAGGACAGCGCUGAGAGAAGACGCAACGAACGUAUGCGACAGUUGAUUUAAAAGGCUACAAUGAAGGUAUUAGGCGCGUGGAGCUUGUUGCAGACCUGCACAAUAAUUCUACUGUCACACAGACAGUUGAUUCCCGCUGAGAAAGUUCAGACCGUCUCUAAUCACAAUGUAAACCCCUGUUGCAACUAUCCGUGCCACAACAUGGGAGUCUGUGUGAGAUCUGGGUUGAGCGGUUAUGACUGUGACUGCACCCGCACUGGCUACAGUGGAGAGAACUGCACCAUUCCUGAUUUCUGGACUAAAGUUCGUGACUUCCUGAAGCCGAGGCCUGACGUCAUCCACUACAUCCUCACACAUUUCCACUGGCUCUGGAACAUCAUCAACAGAACCCGCCUACGUGAAUGGCUCAUGCACAUCGUCCUAACAGCAAGAUCCAAUCUCAUCCCGAGUCCUCCGACGUACAACUCCAAGUAUGGCUACCUGAAUUGGGAGGCCUACUACAACCAUACCUAUUACACUCGCAUCCUCCCGCCCGUUCCAGAGGACUGCCCAACUCCCAUGGGAGUCAAAGGCAAGACAACUCUUCCCGAUCCAAAGAUGCUUGUGCAGAAGUUUCUGCGUCGCCAGACGUUUAAUCCUGACCCUCAAGGAACCAAUCUUAUGUUCGCCUUCUUUGCUCAACAUUUUACCCAUCAGUUCUUCAAGACCCACAACAGAAUGGGAGUAGCAUUCACAAAAGCCUUGGGUCAUGGGGUGGAUGCAGGACACAUAUAUGGAGAUAAUCUGGCAAGACAGCUGAAUCUCAGACUCCUCAAAGAUGGAAAGCUGAAGUACCAACUGGUGAUGGGUGACAUGUACCCGCCAACGGACGCGUAUGCCAAGGUCAACAUGAGCUACCCGCCAGCGAUGCCACCAGAGCACCGGAUGGCCAUCGGGCAGGAGGUGUUUGGGCUGCUGCCGGGCCUGAGCAUGUACGCCACGCUGUGGCUGCGGGAACACAACCGCAUCUGUGACGUCCUGAUCAAGGAGCACCCCACCUGGGACGACGAACAGCUGUUCCAAACCGCCCGACUCAUCGUCAUUGGUGAAACUAUCAGGAUUGUGAUUGAGGACUACGUCCAACAUCUGAGCGGCUACCUCCUGCAGCUGAAGUUUGAUCCAGAGCUGCUCUUCAACUCCCAGUUUCAGUAUCAGAACCGCAUCUCGUUGGAGUUUAACCACCUCUACCACUGGCACGCGCUCAUGCCCGACAGCUUCAUCAUCGAUGGAGAUGACGUCCCUUACUCCCAGUUCAUCUUCAACACCUCCCUGGUCACCCACUAUGGGAUAGAGAAGCUUGUUGAUGCCUUCUCCCGUCAGCAAGCUGGACAGAUAGGUGGUGGUAAAAACAUUCACCCUGUGAUAAUUGGGGUGGCAGAGGACGUCAUCCGGGAGUCCCGAGAGCUUCGUGUUCAGCCUUUCAACGAAUACCGCAAGCGCUUCAACCUCAAGCCUUAUGAGUCCUUCCUACAGUUAACUGAAAAUGAAGAGAUGGCACAGGAGUUGGAGGAAAUGUAUGGGGACAUUGACGCUCUUGAGUUUUAUCCCGGUCUCUUGCUGGAGAAGACUCGACCGGGCGCGAUAUUUGGAGAAAGCAUGGUUGAGAUGGGAGCGCCGUUUUCCCUAAAGGGCCUUAUGGGAAACCCCAUAUGCUCGCCAGAGUACUGGAAACCAAGCACGUUUGGGGGCCAAACAGGUUUUAACCUGGUGAACUCUGCAACACUCGAAAGGCUGGUUUGCUUAAACACCAAGUGGUGCCCAUACGUAGCUUUCAGAGUCCCCUACGAAUCACAAAGGGAAGAAAAGUCGUCAUUUUCAAAAAAUGAACUCUAGUUUUAAUUCAGACAGUGUUGCACAUAUGUAGCAGUGUCUUUGGCAGCACAGCACUAGUAGCAAUAUCAAAAUUCACAUUUUUAAAGUUUUUUGUUUGUUUUUGUUUUUGUUAUGUUCAUGUCAUCAUCAUGAUAAAAACACAAACAUAAAGUAUGACUGGAAGUAUUAUUGUAUUCGCCAAAUGAGGUCCCCAGUAGGAUUCACUAGGGUUAUAGUUUUUGGCGAACAGGUGGAUUCAAAUGCAAACUGGAGAGAUUUCUGUCAUCAGGCAAAAGAAGAUGAAAAGACACCAUCAACAGCUGUGUGGCUCCAAGUUACAAAAACUGUCAAAAUAGAAAACUUGCUUGAAGAGGUAGAAAACCCAAUGCUUGACAGAUACUGGCAACUAUCAUCAUUCAAAGUAGUGUGUAGUGUGUCCAUAGCAAGGGAGUGCCCAUGCUGCCUUAUGUGCUCAUUCCAAUCUGUUGGUAUGGAAAACCCUGGCUGAAGUGUUUACCUACGUUUUGAGUCCCAGAAAAGGGAAGAAGGGUAGGAGACAUGCUAUUAGACAAACGGAAGUUUGUUUACAGAUCCACUAUGUCGAUAUCAGAUGCGAAACUAGCUUUCCAUCAAGCUUUAGAUAGCAUUUUAAAUAGUUCAGAUCAACAAGAAAUUGAAAAGAUGUCUCCCAGACUAUAUCUCGCAUGUGAUAUAGUCCGACGAUGGCUAGACUACCCAAUGGCUGCUAUUAUUUCACAAGCAUGCAUAAUAUCCAUACCAUGUGGGCAAGUCGUUCUUUGUCCAUUUAUUCUUUCCUCUGACCUGUGGCAUCUUGCCUCAGUGUCUCCCCACCUCUGUGGACAAAAGAAAAUAAACUUUUUCCACUGUCUGCUAGCUCAGAGCACCAUUUUGUAAGCAUUCCCCCAUUGAACACCUCAACUGCAAAUGAGAGAAUGAACUUUUUUUCCAAGACCUUUAAUAAAUACUUUGAUUAUGACGUCAAGCCUUUCAUCACAAGGAAAAGACAGACGAACAAUUAUUGACUUGUACUCUCUACACUCAGCAGCAGUCUAUCUUGGGGCCAUUAACCUUGUUGGCCAAUCAGUUUAAUAUUACCAAAUGUUAACUGACAUAAAUGUUGACCAGUCGCAGUUACAGUCACACAGUUGGCAGUUAUUCUGACGGUUUCAGGACAACACCACACCAGACGUCUGCCUUGUCUGAUUUGACUGUUAUUAUUCAGCCAGUAUUAUCAUGUGUAACAGACGGACAUUACUGCUCCACCUGUCAUCAAAGUUAGUGAUUCUACUCAUCAUGAAAUUUGUUAGGGCUUAAACAGUAUGAGAUGAUGCAAUAAACAGGCGAUGUAUUAGUGUCAUAUCCUGCAGAAGAUUUGUUAAUGCUAAAGGCCAACAUUCAAUGUAUAAAGUCAGACAUCUAUCAACAUUUCAGGAUUCUCCAUGCACAUUGUACAGUAUGGUACUGUCAGGAUUCCUACGUCACAGUAAAUAUUGUAGUGUUCAUUCAGCAGUUUGAGUGUUAAAUAUCACACUUCAAGUGUUGGUCUUACUGUGUGUGCUGAAAUAACACUGAAAGAUUUACUGUGAGUGUACUCUCACCUUAAGCAGUGUCUCAGAUCUGUUGCACUUGUCUCCUUUCAAGCCUCUCACACCUCAUGUUGGCCGAUCACCUUUUUUACAUUCACACUGUCGCCACAAAUAUUUCUACUCUCUCAUGCUUAUUGUCUGCCUCUUGUUGACUAAAACCUGGCAUAGCUUUCUUGCAGUCUUCACCGUUUGCUUCUAACUCAUUUUUGUUUCCCGUUUCUUUGUAGUUUGUUUGAUUUAUCAAUCUAUUGGGUUUUUUUGUAUUUUCAAAUUUAGUUUUUAUAGCCUAUAUAGGCCUAUUUUGUAUUUUCAUUUUGUGACCCACCAACA